GGAAAUGACCUUUCAUCGAGACUUUUGGUGCGGCGCCUCCGAGGUGGCAACACGUAGUUGGGUGCUGCAGACAGGAAGAGUCUUGGCGGCCGGCUGUGAGAGGGGGUCCUGCCUUUUGCUUGUCACUGGGUCUGCGGUGGGCAGGGUGGCAAAGAGCAUGGCCCUGGGGCUCCUUCUGCUCCCCGUGCUCCUGGCCCUUGUCUGCAACCUGCCCAGGGCCCUGGCCACCCAAGAGGUGCAGCAGUCGCCCUCCUACAUCAUCGCCCCAGAGGAGGGCUCCAUCAAUAUCACCUGCUCCACCAGCGGGCCCCUGCUCGGGGUCUACCUGAAGCAAAGCUGGCCGAAGCCCACCAAUGUGAUUUACUAUGAGGAUGAGAGGGAGCCCACCGUGGAUGAGUGGUUUGGGAGCCGCAUUGCCUUCUCGGGGCCACAGCACAACUUGACCGUCACCAUGCACCACCUGCAGAUGGCCGACACUGGCGUCUACACCUGCCAGGCCGUCAUGGAGAACGUCAUGGAGAUCUGGGGCCCCGGCACCUUGGUCAUCGUGACAGACAACCUGUCCCAAGUAGUGAACACAUGCCAAGAGGCUCGGCUGAUACACCCUGCCCUCCCCACAGCCCUGGCUGCAGGCUUCCUCCUCAUCGGGCUGGGGCUGGGGGCGGUGUGUGUGCUGAGGAGGACCCAGAUCAAGAAACUCUGCUGGGCAAGGGAUAAGAACUCUGUGUGUGUGGUGUAUGAAGACAUGUCCUACAGCCGUCGCAACACAGUGUCCACCCCCAACCAGUACCAGUGAGACCUGUGAGCCCCCCAGGCCUCCCUUUGCCUGGGUGGAGCUCCG